AUGGGCGCAGACUGUUGGGCGUUGGCGCUGGAGACGCCGAACAAGGAGACGCCAAUGAGGGAAGAACUGGCCUUGUUUGGCGGCAGUGCCCUGAGCACAAUGUCGACGGAGAAGGCAUUACUUCGGGUUGCCUUGGGCAACACCUCGAGUCGCUUGGGCGAAGCCUUGCUUAGCCUAGGCGACUCUGCCUGGGCGCUAGCUGGUACUGGUAUUAGUACUGGUCUUGGCAACACCAGGGAGGCCUAG